UUCCCCCAGUAGCGUCUCUGUACUUUAUUGGAGGUCGAUUUCACAAUUUAGAGAAGCUAAAAAAUAUAAAAAGGCAUGCUUGCUUGCUUGCUAAAUUUCUCAACCCCAAGUUUGAAGGUUCCGUCUACGAAACAUUUGGAAAGAAGACAGUGAUUGAAAUUCCCAUUUGAAACACAGAUUGGAAGGUCCUGCCAACAUUUGGGAUCAAGACAACUGUGUUUCACUUCGCUAAAAAAAAAAAAAGAAGAAGAAGAAGAAGGCAACUGUGUUUCACACCCCAAAUUUCUUGAGAGAAUCUGAGACACCGAUAGAGAAAUGGCUUCCUGGAAUUCAAUUCAUCUUAAAGUCUUGUACCAAGUACUGGGUUGGUCUACUUUCUUUUCCUGGGCCAUCAGUUGUUACCCUCAGAUCGUGUUGAACUUUCGUCGGAAAAGUGUGGUGGGCUUAAACCUUGAUUACGAGAUACUCAACUUAACAAAGCACUUGUCCUAUCUCAUCCACAAUGCUUCCCUCUACUUCAGCUCUGUCAUUCAGAAACACUUCGAGAAAUAUGGUUUUGAACAGAUGAUUCCUGUGGCUGCUAAUGAUGUUGCUUUCUCUACUCAUUCAGCUAUAAUGACCUCGAUUGUGCUGUCCCAGGUUGUAAUAUAUGAACGUGGAAGUCAGAAAUUCUCCAUGUAUGCCAUUGGAAUAGUCUCCGUGGUAUUGUUCAUUGCUGCAAUUUGUUUUUUCAUAGCUUUACAUGACAACUCUUGGCUUUGGCUCAUCUCCAUCUUUAACUCAAUUCAAGUAUGUAUGACCCUAAUCAAAUACAUGCCCCAGGCAUUCAUGAACUUCUUGAGGAAGAGUACAGAUGGAUUCAGCAUUGGCGGGGUUUUGCUUGAUUUUUCUGGUGGAAUUUUCAAUUACUCACAAAUGGCCGUCCAAUCUAUAGAUCAAGGUUCAUGGGUUAACUUCUUUGGAAACGUUGGGAAAGUAUUUAUAUCCUUGGUAUGACAGCUCAAAAUUCUGACUCCACUCUGUCCAUCUCUUAAAAGACUGAUUUAUUAAGCAUUGGAAAUAUUUUCACAUUAGGUGAUGAACACUGUGUAACCAUCUAUGCAUGUAACAAUAUUCUAUGAUUCUGUGCUUCUGUUUCAACAUUAUGUACUGUAUCCUGGGAAGAAAGCUGGUGCUUCUCACAGAGAUAAUGAAAAAAUCAGGGAGCCGCUCAUCUGCCCGGCUUCAACAGAUUUUUUAACUGAUCAGCACAUAAAGGAUUCGCCUAAAUCUUCGGAUCAGGCUUUGCCGCAAGAGGCGUAAACUAGACUUUGUAAAAUUUGCCUUAAGAUUGGAUUAAUUUUCAUUCUGUUAAGUCUGUUUUAAAUUU